AUGACCUCCUUCUCCAGCCGCAGCAGCUUCAUGUCUUCCCCCAUGAGGAGCUCCACCAUGAUGGGCCCCUCCAUCUCAUCGUCCUCCCGCCGGGUCAGCAGCAUGGGGGCUGGCAGUGUGUAUGGAGGAGCUGGAGGGUCUGGAGUCCGUAUCUCCAAGGCCUCCUUCUCCUCCUCUGCUGGUGGAGCCUUUAACCUGGCCGAUGCCACCAAUGUGUCCAUCAGCGAGAAGGCCACCAUGCAGAACCUCAAUGACCGCCUCGCCACCUACCUGGACAAGGUGCGCAGCCUGGAGAGUGCCAACGCUGAACUGGAGCUGAAGAUCAGACAGUACCUGGAGAGCAGAGCCAUGCCUGAGGCUAACAACUUCUCCAGCUACAGCGUCCGCAUCCAAGACCUGCAGGACCAGAUCAAACUCGCUGCUCGUGAAAAUGCCGCCUUCAUCCUUGCUAUUGACAAUGCCAAGCUGGCCACUGACGACUUCAAAGUCAAGUAUGAGAAUGAGCUGGCCUUGCGUCAAACAGUGGAUGCCGACAUUGCUGGGCUGAAGAGAGCUCUGCAAGAGCUGACCCUGAGCCGGAGGGACCUGGAGAUACAGGUGGAGGGUCUGAAAGAAGAGCUGAUCCAUCUGAAGAAGAAUCACGAAGAGGAUCUGCUGGCUCUGCGGGCCCAGAUGGGAGGUCAGGUGAAUGUGGAGGUGGAUGCCGCUCCCCAAGAGGACCUGUCUGCUGUCAUGGCUGGAAUCAGAGACCACUACGAGACUGUCGCCAACAAGAAUCGCAGAGACCUGGAGGCCUGGUUCCAGGCCAAGACAGCUGACCUGAACAAAGAGGUGGCUGCGAACACUGAGACCCUGCAGACGUCCAAGACUGAGAUUGGAGAAAUCAGACGAACUCUUCAGACUCUGGAGAUUAAACUGCAGGCUCAGAUCAGCAAGAAAGGAGCUCUGGAAGUGACUCUCGCUGAGACCAGGAGCCGCUACGCCAACAUGCUGGCAAGUUACCAGAAGCAGGUGGAGGCUCUGGAGGAGCAGCUGGCCCAGCUAAGAUCCGACCUGGAGAACCAGAGGGGCAUGUAUGCUGACCUGUUGGACAUCAAGAACAGAUUGGAGUUGGAAAUUGCAGAGUACAGGAGGCUGCUGGAUGGAGAGAGCACCACCACCAAUGUGUGACCACUGUGAACAAAAUAGACCCCUGGAAAUGUGAUCAGCAGCAGCAGUUAGACCAG